AUGGCAACAAAUAACAACGAAGCAGUCUCCGGUAUAAAACCACCCGGAUACUUGCACAUCGAGUCGGACAACAAGUCGGCAAAUUGGAAAAAAUGGCGACAACAGUUCGAAUGGUAUGCAACAGCAAUUCAGCUAGGAAAGAAACCUGCCGAUAUUCAAGCUGCAACAUUCAUGUCAAUCAUAGGACCAGAUGCAAUUGACAUCUACAACAGUUUUAAUUUGAAUACAAUAGACGAACAAAAAUUAAGCAUCAUUAUCGGAAAGUUCGAAGAAUAUUUCGCGCCGAAAAACAACAUAUCGUUCGAAAGGUAUGUUUUCUUCAAAAUUGAACAACAUGAAGACGAAUCGUUUAACGAAUUCAUCACUAGAAUUAAAACACAAGCAAACAAAUGCGAGUUUGGCACUCUACUUGAAGAAAUGCUAAAAGACAAGAUUGUAUUCGGAAUAAAAUCAACCCAAAUCAGAGAAAAAUUACUCACCGAAGAAAAACUUGAUCUCACAAAAGCCACAGCCAUCUGUAAAAGCAGUGAACAAGCUUCCAAACAACUUAACGAGUUUGAGAAUAACAACAAGAGUGAAAAAAUACUGACAAUCAAAAGUAAGAACUUCAGAAAUGAAAAAUUUUACUGUAAAAGAUGUGGUUCAAGCCACAAGGCUAGAGAAUGCCAAGCCUACAACAAAUUAUGCACAAAGUGUAACAAGGCCGGUCAUUUUGCAAAAAUGUGUCGUUCCAAAAUUCAAUUGAAACAAAAAAAUAAAAUAAAUACUCUAGAAGAAAAUUCUACUUCAGAAAAUUCAGAUGAAUCAUUUAUAGGACAAUUAAGUGUCGGCAACUCCAAAGAUUGGACAGAAAGUGUCGAAACUGCCAACACCAAAUUCACAGCAAAGCUUGAUACUGGUGCAGAGUGCAACGUCCUUCCAAAUUUCAUAGUACAGAAAACUCACGCUUGUAUACAACCAAGUCGCACUAAAAAUUUAAUAAGUUAUUCAAAUAACAGAAUUUCAGUACUUGGAGAAGUAAAGUUACAAUGCAAAAUAAAAAAGAAAACUGCUAAAAUACUAUUUAAAGUUGUAGCUGAAAGAGUCACACCAGUCUUAGGACUAAACACUUGUGAGAAGCUGGGACUAAUUGCACGAGUUGAAACAUUGAAAGAAAGCUCAUCCAAUGAUGACAUAUUUAAAGGGUUAGGUUGCUACAAAAAUUUUGAGUAUGAUAUUGACCUCAUAGAAAACCCCAAAUUUGAAAUAAAACCAACAAGAAAAGUUCCACAUGCCAUAAGAAAUGAAGUAAAACAAGAAUUAGAUAGAAUGGUAAAACUGGAUGUCAUCACACCUGAAACAAAACCGACACCAGCAGUAAGUCCGAUGGUGGUAGUCAGACAAAAAGGAAAAUUGAGAAUAUGCAUCGACCCAUCAGAUGUGAACAAAAAUAUUUUAAGAAGACAUUUCCCACUUGCAACAAUAGAAGAGAUAGCAGCAGACAUCAAAGGAUCAGAAUAUUUUUCCCUACUAGACUGCACCAAAGGAUUUUGGCAAAUUAAAUUAUCAAAAAGAACACAAAAGAUAUUGACAUUUUCUACACCAUGGGGAAGAUAUUCAUUCAAAAGACUUCCAUUUGGACUAUCGUCAGCCCCUGAAAUUUUUCAAGAAAUCUUGACUAAUCUUCUCAGCAAAUUCAAAAAUGUAAAAGUAUCAAUCGAUGAUAUCUUUAUUCAUGCCAAAAAGAAGGAAGAGCUACAGAAAACGGUCAAAGAAGUAAUAGAGACAUUGAAAAUUUCUGGCUUCAAACUCAAUCAAAGCAAAUGCAUCUUUGAAGCCAAAAGAAUAAAAUUUUUGGGUCAUAUAGUCUCAGCCAAAGGUUUAGAAGCAGAUCCUGAAAAAGUAAAAGCCAUAGAAUUCAUGAAAACACCACAGAACAAAAAAGAACUGCAAAGGAUACUAGGAAUGAUAACAUAUUUAAAUAAAUACAUUCCCAACAUGUCAGAAUUAACAAACCCUUUGAGAGACCUACUUCACAAGGACACAAGUUUCAACUGGGAAUUCUAUCAUGAUGAAGCACUCAACAAAAUUAAAAAAGUCUUACAGAAUCCACCAGUGCUAAAACUAUAUGAUGUAAACAAACCAGUCACACUAAGCGUGGAUGCAAGCUCAAAGAAUCUUGGUGCAGCACUUCUUCAGGAAGGCCAACCAGUAGCUUAUGGAGCCAGAACAUUGACUAAAUCCGAACAAAACUAUCCUCAAAUUGAAAAGGAAGCACUUGCUAUACUAUUUGGGUGCAAAAAGUUCCAUGAGUAUGUCUAUGGCAAAGAGUUAUUAGUCGAAUCAGAUCACAAGCCGCUCGAGACAAUAUUCAGAAAAAACAUUCAGUCAGCCCCAGCUAGACUUCAACGUAUAAUGCUCAACCUAACACCGUAUUCACCAAAAAUUACAUUUAAAAAAGGCACAGAAAUACCACUAGCAGACUUUUUAAGUCGUGAUUGUGACACUUCAAAACUGAAUGACUAUCAGGAAGAAGACCUGAAGAUCUCAAUAAUAUUACCAACAACAUUUGACUACACAGAAGAGUUGAUCAAAGCAACAAAAGAAGACCCCCACCUGCAACUCUUGUUAAAAACAAUAAUGAAAGGGUUCCCAGAAAAGGCUGAUCAACUCCCUACAGAACUGCAUCACUACUUCAAUUUCAAAGAAGAACUAACAUACUUCAAAGGUCUAAUUUUCAAAGGUCACAAAAUUGUAGUGCCCAAAACACAAAUACCUCAGAUGCUAAAAUACAUACACCAAGGUCACCUUGGAAUUCAGAGUUGCUUGAAAAGAGCACACCAAUUACUCUAUUGGAGAGGACAAUAUGAAGACAUUGUGAAACUGGUUAAAAGCUGCUCAGCAUGUGAAAAAACACAAAAGGACAAUACCAACCAUACCGUAGCAGUCAAAAGAAUCCCAUCUCUCCCAUGGCAGAUUGUGGCAUCUGAUUUAUUUGAACUAAAAGGAAAACAGUAUAUUGUAAUCUGUGACAGCUAUUCAGGAUACUUAGACUUUCAGUCACUUAAGAGCUCAUCGUCAACUGAAGUGAUUAAUCACUUAAAACAAUGGUUCUCUACACAUGGAAUACCUGAAGUACUUGAAUCAGACAACGGUCCACAGUACAUGUCCAGAGAAUUCAAAAAUUUCCAGAAAGAAUGGCGUUUCACGCACUCAACAUCCAGUCCUCACCACCCCCAAGGCAAUGGCUUAGCCGAAAGAGCUGUCCAAACUGCAAAAAAACCUACUAAGGAAAUGCAAACAAACAAUCUAGGGUCUCCUAAUCAACGCCUCUACAGUAGAAUAACACGAUCACUAAUACCUACAAGUGAAAAUAAUCUUAAACCAAAGAUAGUUCAAGGGGUCACAUCUGAACUAAAGUACCUACGAAACAAACAAGCCAACCAUAGCAACAAGCAACGUAAGGAGCCAACCAAUUAUGAACUCGACGACAGAAUCAGACACAAAGUCGGUCAUCGUCAAUGGGAAGGAGCGAGAGUGAUAGAAAAACCUAAUGAUCACCCGAGAUCCAUUAUCAUUAAAACCGACAAAGGACAAAUAUUCAGAAGAAACAUUGGACACAUACACAAUACACUAUCAGACCUAUCAAUUGGCAGCAAAGAAGCGGUUCCGGAAACAGUAUAUCCUAACGACUUACCACAUGCCCAAUCGGACAAACAACCGGAGCUACCUGCAGCAGCUACUACAUCUCAAGAACAAACAACUACAUCACCAAGGAUUAAUUGCAAAAGCAGCGCUUCAGAAGCACCCGUCAUAACUAGCAGUGAUGAACCGACUACAAGAUGUUCAAGAUUCGGAAGAACCAUCAAACCAGUCGACAGACUAGAUCUAUAG